UGAUCUAUUCAAUAGCUAUUGAUUUAUAAGCAUGUACAUACAAUAUACGUUACUAUGGUAACUCACACAAUCUAUUUGAUCAUCACAAGAUAUUAGAUAUACGUACCUAGUACUUUGAAGUUUUUAGUAGAAUAAGUGGUUUUUUAUUUUGAUUUAGUUAGCCUAUUUUUAAUAUUGUACAAUGUGUGAGACAGAAGUACAGAACCUAUCAUCUCUUAAAUAUGAUUCAUCUACACUUAAUCCAGUAGAGAAUUCAAACAAGCUAUCCAAAUCAUUUUGGAUAGGCAAAGCCUCUGUACAAGUUCCAAAUGUUAUAGAUCCGGAUGAUGCAUUGAUGAAAAGAUUUCAAAGUGCAUUAAAGGAACAUCUUCUUCGCUUAAAUAAUAAGCUUUCAGAAGAAAUACUUGAUCUUGAAGCACUUGUAAAAUCUACUAAAAAGAAACAUGAAGAAGAAAGUCUACAACUUUAUUACGCGCAACAAGAAAUUAUGCAACAAGAAAAUACUAUUGAAGAAUACAAAAAUACGUUGAUGAAACUUACAUCUUUACGAGAAGAAAAGAAUCAGAAAGUUAAUGAUAUCAAAGAAUUGCAUAAAAAAGCAAAAGAGAAGAUGCAGGAGGAAAAAGAAAAAGAAGAUAAACUUUUACGUGAUUUGCAAAAAAUGACCGCCUUACAAAAUCAAUUUGCCGAUUGGGAAGAAGAAAUAAAACAAUGUUUAAUGAUUUCAAAGAAAACAUGCCAAAAAGAUGCAAUUCUUCAGCAAGAAUUAAUUAAUGAGAAACAAAAAAAGGAUUGCAUUUUAUUUAAGCUUCGAGAAGAAGUCUGGAGAUUGGAAGAAGAAAUAAACAAUUUUAAUGAACAAGUACAACUAAAACUUAAAGAAAAAGUAGCAACAAGUCAAUUAGUUGCAGAUGCAAAUGCAGAUUUAGAAGCUUUGCAUAGAGAACAUACAAAUUUAAGUAAUGCGUGGAAUGGAGUUGUGUUAAAUAUCAGUAAACGUGAUAAAAUAUAUGAUCAAUUAACAGAAGAACGCCAAAAAAUGCAUGAUUCCUUCAAUGCAUUACAAACAGAAAUAGAAAAAUUAAAAAAAGAAACGCUUAAAGAAUCAGAAAAUAAUGAAAAUUUAACAUCAUUACAAUCAAGAGUAGAAGAUGAUUUAGUAGUUAUCUCAAAAAUGGUUUCAACGGGAAUUGAAAAAAUCAAUAAUCUGGAAUCUGAAUUGAUUAGAAUUACUAAAUUUGCGGAACAAACUCUGAAUGAAUAUAAUUUUACGAACGCUGAAUAUCAAAAUUAUUUAAAUAAAGAGGAACAAAUCGAUAAAGAAUUAGCUAAAUUAAUGAAUUGGAAAAUGGAACAAGAGAAUCUCAUUUUUGAGAAAUUAAAAGAAAAAAUUACACACGACAAAGCAGCACGUUAUUUAAAUAAACUCUUAAUGAAUACAAAGAAGAUGAUACAGGAACAGGAACUUUUACUUGUUCAAGUAGAAAAUUCAUAUGGAAAGAAUUUAUUAGAGAUGGCGAGAUUAAAUACUUCAAUAGAAAAUGAAAAAAUAGAAUAUCAAGAACUUUCGCAAAGAAAUAAUGAAAAGGAAAAGGAUAUAAACGAAUUGCAAAAAGAAAUAAAGAAAUCUGACGCCACAAUUGAAAGAAAACAAAUGAAAGUUAUUACUUUAAACAAAAUGAUCGAUCAGAUUUUAGAGAGUAAAGGUGGUGAAGAAAUCAGUCCGCAAGAUUUAAAAAUACUUACUUUAGAAAAAAAUAUUCAAGAUACUGAACAGAAUAAUCAAAGAGCACAACAAUUUUGGUUACGCCAGCAAGGAUACAUGGUUACAUUGAGUCAGCAAAGAGAUGAACAACUUCAGCAUCUUAAUCUUCUUAAUAAGGAGGUUACGAUAAUGAAGCAAAAAAAUAUGAAGAUACAAUAUCAGUUAGAAAAAUUUGAGAAGGAAGAUGCAAACAUGAAUAAGACAAUAAAUUUGUUGCAUCAGAAACUUUUGCAAUUAAAUGCAAAUCUUGUUGUUCAAAAGGAGCUUAGGGAAGAAUUAGAAGAUAAAAAUUGUAUUAAGAAGAAUGAAUAUUUGACGUCAUUGGAAAAUGCAGAGUUUGAUCUCAUAAAAUUACAAAGAGAUUUACAAGUAUUAACAAAUGAGAAAGCAACUUUAAAUGAAGAACUAAGUACAGCACAGAGAGAAAGCUUAUCUUGGGAGAAAAAAGUUCAAAUAAUACAAGAAACAAGUAAAGAAAUAAAAAGUGAACGCACUAGUGGCGGUGAUAUAGCAGUAAUGAAGAGUGAAAUUCACAGAAUGGAAAUGCGUCUUUCACAUUUGAAAAGAGCUCAAGAAAAGUUAAUUAACGAUAUGGAGUUUUGUGUAGGAAGACGAGAUGUUAUUUUGAAUAAAGUUAUGGGCAAGUUGAAGAAAAAUCCUAAGGAACAACAAAAUCAAAAAAUAGUGUUUACCAAACGUAUUAAAGAUCAGAAGUUAAAAAUAAAACAAAUCUUAAAGGAAAUGAAACAAAUAGAAUCUAAUAUAUUACAAAUGGAAGACAAAAUGAAAGAAAUGGUAAAAGAAUUAGACGAAAAAAGACAAGCACUAAAGGGGAUUGAAGAUACUAUUCCUGACAUAGAUCAGGAAAUCAUGAAAAUGGAUAUGCUUAAAAGUUAUAAAUUAAAAUCAUUAGUGUUUAAACAACGUAAAGUAAAAUUGCUUCAAGACAUUAAAUCCGGUCGUUACAAAAUGCUUUUUAAAAAUGAAGCAUUAUUGAACGAUGAAUUACAAAACGAACGAAUUCUUCACAGUUAUUUAGUACAUGUGAUGGAGCAAACGAAGCAGGAUUUUCCACUUUUGAAAAAUAGUAUACAUAAAAUAAUAUUGACGUUACAAUUAUUGUAAUAAAAAAAAUUUCAUUCGAUUAAUGCAAUACAA